UGUGGAGCUGGCAGAGCAAGAGCUGGACACAAACAUCUGUGAAGAAUGAAGGGUUUAUUAUGUGUGCUGCUAUUGUUAGAAAGCUUUGUGUUUGUGGUACAGCAGCAGGUAGAUGGAGGGCUCGGUAAGAAUGAGAUCAAUCAUCAGCUUAGCUCUGAGGACAGAAGACAGAAUUCACCUCAAACACACACUUCAGGUGACAGCCAAGAAUACAGCCCACUGAUCUUCACUGACAUCCAGGCAGCCCUGAGAGAACUGACCGCCACCGUCACAGAGCAGAAAGCCAACAUCAGAGCUUUAGAGACACGGCUGAGGGAACAACAGACGCUCCUCCAGGAAGAGAUGAACAAGAAAAAUGAUGCCAGAGAGAUAGCUUUUUCAACUUCACUGCUGCGAAAUACCGGCGGACAGCUUGGUCCUUUCGACACUGAAAUCACAAUAAUCUACAGGAAUGUUUUCACAAACAUAGGAGACGCCUACAACCCUAAUACAGGUUUGUUCACAGCCCCGCUGAAAGGAGCGUACAUGUUUCAAUUCUGUAUUGUUAGUUUUGAUAAAGUAUAUCCAGCAACUGCCUCCCUUAGGAAGAAUGGAAGCCAUGUACUUAACGCAGAUAUUGACAUAGGCGGGCGUGUGUUACACUCCUCAAACUCGGUAGUGUUGAUCCUGGAGGUUGGAGAUGUUAUCUCUUUGAGACUCUGGCCUAAACGCGUUCUUGAGGAUAACCAGGGUAAUCAUAACACUUUCAGUGGUUACCUACUGUUUCCCUUAGAAUAGGAGCUUUGCAGAAUCAUCCUGAACACAGUCAUGAGUAUGAAGUACUUUCUGUAGUUUGAGUUCACUGGAAGCACUCCAGAAUUACACACAAGUAGCACAGACCACAACAAAAUUAUUAUUUUUUUGGCCAUAUUGAUUAGGCUACCAUUUUAAUAACCACAAGUUGUACAAAUACCAUGGUUAAACUAUGGUUAGUGUAUUAAUCACUUUAAUACAAUAGGCUAUGGUUAAUUUU